AUGUCGGCUGACGAUCUCAAAAAACUAAAAAACAGGCGUUCGCUCCUUAAACGAAAGGUUACUACGUUUAGCACGUUUAUAGAAACCGUGACUGCUAGCGAUUAUGACGAUGUGCAAUUUAGACUAAGUUCCGUAGAACCGUUAUUAGAUCAGUUUGAUGAAGUUGCAUUAGACAUACAAGCUAUUCAGGACACAACGGAGCAUUCUGAUUAUCGCGAUGAGUUUGAAAGCAAAUAUUAUGAAGUCGUAAGAAGGGCGCGUAAAUUUUUGAAGGAUAACAACCCCUCAGACGGGAUUAAUAAUCGCCCAGCUAGACACAACGGCAGCGAGCCAAACAAUGUUAGGUUACCACGAAUCGAUUUGCCCACUUUCAACGGUAAAUACGAGGCGUGGACGUGUUUUCAUGACACAUUCAAAUCAAUGGUUCAUGACAAAACACAAAUCGCGACUAUCGAGAAAUUUUAUUAUCUACGAUCAUGCUUAAAGGAAGAGGCCGCAUUAGUCAUCCAGUCUUUGGAAACCACCGAAAGCAAUUAUAACAUAGCCUGGUCUCUCCUAAUCGAACGUUACGAUAACAAACGGGUUAUCGUACACAAUCAUUUAAAAAAUCUACUUGAAUUACCAGCAUCUACGAAGGAAAAUCCUGUUUAUUUGAGGCAGAUGCUGGAUAACAUUAAUACUCAUACUCGCGCUUUAAAAUCGUUGGGUCUCAAAGUUGAUAGUUGGGAUGCCAUAAUUAUCUAUUGCAUGACUAGCAAGCUAGAUAGAAUCUCGCAUCAGGAGUGGGAAAAGAGCAAUACCGGAAAGGAACUUCCAGAAUUAGACAGUUUCAUUGAAUUCUUGAAAACGCGAUGUCAAAUUCUCGAGGCCACGCAACCUCAGAUGCAGCCGCAUCAAGGCUCAUCCAAUGUCAAGGGUUCAAAUGGGGCUGGCAAACGCAACCUCAACGUAACUACUCAACGAGACUUUUGUCAUUUUUGUAAGGGGGAACACAAGCUUUACGCAUGCGAGAAAUUUGUGAAAUUAGGGCAACAAGAGAAAUAUGAGUUCGUAAAGAAGGAAAGGCUUUGCUUCAACUGCUUGCGGAAGAAUCACACAACCGAAAAAUGUACAUGUAGGUCGUGCAAAAAGUGUAACCGAAAACAUCAUACCAUACUACAUUUUGAACGGCAAUCCUCUACCGAAAAUAGCCCUAGCGUUGAUCCCGUUAAUAGCUUGCAAGUGAGUUGUCCUGCUCAAGUAUUGCUAGCCACCGCGAAAAUUCAUUUUCAUGACAAAUACAACAAUCAGCACACGGCACGUGUGUUAUUAGAUAGCGGUGCGCAGGCUCAUUUCAUUACCGAACGAUUUGCAAAAUUGCUAAAAUUACCGCGUAAUAGAGUCAACAUUCCGGUUACUACGCUGAACCAAUCGCAAACAAACGUGAUUCACAGUAUUGCUACUAAAAUAUCAUCUAGAUUAAACAAUUACGAAAAGAAGGUCUCGCUUCUAGUAGUUCCUAAUAUAACCGAACCUUUGCCGUCGUAUACUAUUAACGUAAACGAGUUGCACAUACCGCACAAUUUGCCGCUUGCGGAUCCCACCUUUUAUCAGACUUCCGAAAUCGACGCACUUAUUGGAGCGGAAGUCUACUUUAAGAUCGAUUGUGCUG